GGCAAUAAAUAUCGACGACUUCUUGCUAUGGCUGGUUAAAGUAGCUUUAACUUAUGAUUAGCGAAAAGCGAGCGAACCUUUGCUUUUACUGUGCCUUUAACAAUUAUGAUUUUGCGCCGGAACAAUCUAAGGCAAUUAAAAUGGCUAGUGCUUAUGUUGGUAACUAUUGGAGCUGGAAUAGUAUUUAUAAUAUAUUCAGGUAAUGCGAUGUCACUUCGAAUAACGUACCCUCAUGGUCCCGGGGAUAUCAACACCAGAGGGAUAAAUGAAAAACCUCUGCCGAUGUUUGGUUUGGUGGACGUCGACGCAAUUGUCAAGCCUAUGAUUGCGGAAUCAGUCUAUACAAUGAUUGAACGAGCGACGGAUAGACGUCCUUUAUCAACCACAACUCCCGCACUAGUCGCGCAAAGAGUAGAACACAAAACAACAUCCACCCAUAACAAUUAUAUCAUUAGAGAACGUUUUGCACUUAGAAAGACGCACAUGCAAACCGUUUGUAAGAAAUAUCAAGACCAAGUUCUAAAAACGAAUGAGUGGCAACAAAACAGCACUAAGUUUAGCUUAAAAUACAUAAAUGAAAGUAAGCUAGUGUAUUGCGCUAUCGAAAAGACCGGAAGUACAUUUUGGAAACGCAUUUUGCACGUGCUGUGUGGAUGGGGGAACGCUUCCAAUCCGGUUGAUAUAAGGCCUGAGGACGCCGACGUCGAUCAUGGAGGUUUUAUUUCAAUGACUAAUCUAGAUUUUUCGCAGAUCGGUGAUAUAGUUAAUUCGUCAACAUCUAUCAUGUUCGUUCGAGAUCCACUGACCAGACUUUUUUCGGCAUGGUUGGAUAAGUUUUAUUCUCCUAAUCCGUAUUAUUGGGAACAUAUUGGCUAUAAAAUUGUGUCAAAACUGAGAAAUAGCUCUUCUGCAAAUAGCAACGAAACAGUUGAAGCUGAUGAGACAUCGACAGAAAGUUUAGUUAAUUCUUCUACGAUUAAAAUCGGAAAUCGUGUAGUUAAAUGCGGCUACGACGUAACAUUUAAAGAGUUCAUCACUUUUAUUGUCAGCGAAGUCGAAACAGAAAAUUAUGUUGAUGCACACUUUUCUGCUAAUUACAAACACUGCAUGCAAUGCUCGUAUGAUUUUGAUUACAUCGGUAAAUACGAGACUUUGCGUGAAGACACUGUGUUUCUUCUUGAAGAACUGAAUAUGUCACGGAAAGUUAACUUCACUGACUUCGGUAAAGAUGCUACGAGAGAUGCCAUUAAUGGCUUAAGUGAAUGGGUCUUUCUGCAGAAAAGGAACAUAGAGAAUUGUGGUGUGUCGUUUGGUUGUGCGCUGUUCAAGGUAUUCAAAACCCUCCAAAGUCGGGGAAUAUUUCCAUUACUCGUGGAAUUUCCGUACCAGACGUUAAACGAUAUUAAAGACCUAACCCAAGAACAAUUUGAACGUGAAUUGUUCGAGGCAAGUAGGCAGGAGAACGACAAGAAGAGCAUCCGAAACCAGUCGCUAUUGGCUGCGUACAAAACGAUACCCGUUGACCUCGCGAAACGACUGCAAGCUGCAUUUAAAAUAGAUUUCGAAAUGUUUCAAUACAGUGAUACGAUGAAAUUUCUUCACGACAGUGAAGGCGAAGAAAUCAACUUUGACUACUUUGCAGCUUGCCCUCAACAGUUGGUAUAGUCUAUGAGACGGCUGGUAUGUUUUGGUAUUGUGAAUGCCAUACAGUAUUGUUUCUGUUACUAAAUCAAACAUGUUUAUGUAUUAUUAUAAAAAGAGUCGUGUUCUGAGAAAACUGGGCAUAAUGCUUGUGCGUAAAGUGUCGUCACAGAUUAGCCUGUGCAGUCCGCACAGGCUAAUCAGUGACGACACUUUCCGCUUUUAUGGUAUUUUAAGUUUCAAUGAAGUCCCUCCUCGCCGAAAAUAAAGUUUUGGCGGAAAGUGUCGUCCCUGAUUAGCCGAUGCGGACUGCACAGGCUAUUCUGGGACGACACUGUACGCACAUGCAUUAUGUCCAGUUUUCUCAGAACGCGACUUAUGUGUAAUGUAAUUUUGUAUAUGAUGGAAGUAACUGGUUUUCUUAGAAAAACUGUGUUAAAAUACGGACAUGGAGUAUUAGCUACCGUGUUAAUUAAUGUUGAGCUCCUACUGUGCACCACUUUUAAUUGAGAACCACUCAUCCAUCGCGCUUGCUCAUUAAGCUAGAUGGUGGAGGAAGUAUUUAAGUGUUCCGCGACUUGAACUUCAAUGUGUAAACAUGAUUUACACGAAUACAGUUGAUUUCUAAAACGUACGUCCAAAAUACGAACUGCUAGAAUGCUAGCCUUACCAACAUCGUGAAGUGAUUUUUAAUCGUGUACAUUCAUAUCCGACUACCGUAGUUUAACUUCGCAUAAUACUUUCUGUUUAAUUGGGAUACUUACAAUGAUUUACGGCGCAUACACUUUGCAGAUAUAUCAUCUGAUUUGACGAACCACAAUUCUAUGAGUAAACUAAAUAUACAAAUGUCUUCAUGAACACGAAAACUGGCUAAAUUUAUUGUUCAAGCAUAUUCAAAUAGACGACCCGUUAUCUAUGCAUAGUUCUAAAUGAGUAUAUCAUCGACUUUAAUUCCCGUACAAUUUUCUUUUCAUAUUCGUUAUAAAUUAUUCACAAUAUUCCGUGUUUAUGGUGCUUUUGUAUACAAUUUGAAAUAUUUUGUUUUGGUGACUUAUAGGCCCAUCGGGUCGGGUGCAAAACACAUUUGAAUUUAUAUUAAUAUGAUGUUUAAUAAUAUUGUACAUGCCACUAUAAUAAACAAUUUACGUACUUACUUGCUUACUAACUAUAAAAUAUGUAUACUAUUUUUAUAUAUGACUUUAACCAUUAUGUUAUUUUCGUAAAUUUUGCAUUUUAUAAAUGAACAUUUUAUAGGUUGCACAAUUGUGGAUAUUUUGUUAGCGAAAUACAUUACCGAAAUUCGCUUCGAUAACUGAAGAUUUGUUAUGAUCAGAUAGAAGUAUAUUUCUCUUUAUCAUGUUCCUACGUGCAACACUAACCUUAUAAAAGGGUGACCUAAUGAAGGGGUGACCUAAUCAAGGGUUGACCGGACAAAUUUCCUAUCACCAAGUUUUAAGAAAAUUCUUUGUUUAGACUUAAGACUUACAAGAACUGUGUUUGUGAAACACAAUGCCCCCUACUGCGCUACUUUAAAGCCGCACAGCAGCUAUUUUAGAAAAAAGAACUUUGACCUUGAAGGAUGACCUUGACCUUUCAACACUCAAAAUGUGCAGCUCCAGGAGAUACACAUGCAUGCCAAAUAUUAAGUUGCUAUCUUCAAUAUUGCAAAAGUUAUGGCCAAUGUUAAAGUUUGAAGCAAACCAACCACUUUCAAUCGUCACUGUCGACCACAACUCAGUCUUUUUUUAAUCACGAAAAUAUCAAUAAUUUUAUUACGACCUUACCGAACAUAUUUUAAGAGGAAAACACCAACAUUUACACAAAUAUUUAUUGCUUAAAUGAGUUAAACUAUUGAUUAAGACAAUCACAUUAAUAUACAAAUACAUCGAUUUCUUAAAACAUGCAAUUAUUAAUAUAUAUUGUUAAACAUAUGUAAAUAAGAGCUACUAUAACACAAUACCCAAACUUAACGCAUUUUAAAAAUGAAUAUUUAAAAAGGCCAUCAUUUAGCAUAACAUCUUAUAUGUGCGUUUUUAUUUGUCAAGUUUGGUAUUACCAUUUUACGUUUUAAAUAAUACCGUGAUUGUCUAUACCUCACUGAGCGUCCUUUAGUUCGAUUGUCAAUACUGCAGUGUACCAAAUACGCACAUUUCCUAGUUAUAUUAGUCACAUUGGAAAUGUAUUAAACACAAAAGUGAAACAAUUAUUCAAAUGUCACCCGAGAAUUUACUUGCACAUACUUGAACUUCAGAAGUGAGUAUUGAUACACGACGUUUCUGGCGAUGUAUACGGAGGAAUUUGGAAAGUGAAUUUAAAAAUCAUAGGGCCCAUUUUUCUAUCGAUAACGCUGACGUAGCAAAGUUGUAGGUCAACAAUUAGCUUUUUAUAUGAUAAACACACACUGCCUUACAGUAUUACACAUAGUCUGUAUAUAACAACAUACAAGUUUACGGUAAAAUAUAGACUUGUACAAAAUAACAACAAUAUUAAAAGAGAAUUAAGCACAACACGGGUAUAAAAUAUAUAUCAAUAAUGUUUAUAUUGACACUUUAACGAAUGAAAUAUAAUAGAUAUACAAAGAACGAUAUAAAAUUUCUUAUAAAAUACAAAAAACAAGAGUGCCUAAAAGGCUCAAAGUCGCUCACCUGAGAUAACAAGAUAUUAUUGGGACAAAUCUUCUGACCAAGUUUCACGAAGAUCGGAAAAUAAAUGUGGCCUGUAGAGUGUUUACAAAGUUUUACUAUAGCCAUAUAAGGAAAAAUGCCCCGCCCCCUGGCAGCCAUUUUUUUUAACCAACCGUCAUCAACUUUGAACUCCUCGAAGUUAUUAUCGGGAUGAAUCUUCUGACCAAGUUUCAUGAAGAUCGGACAGUAAAUGUGGCCUCUAGAGUGUUAACAAGAUUUUACUACAGCCAUAUAUAGCCAUAUAAGGAAAAAUGCCCAGCCCCUUGGCAGCCAUAUUUUUCAAGCAAACGUAACCAUUUUCGAACUCAUCUAAGAUAUCAUUAAAACCAAUCUUUUGAUCAAAUUUAAUAAAGAUUGGACAAUAAAUUUGGCCUCUAGAGAGUUAACAAGGCAAAUGUUGAUGCCACACAACGCACAAGAGACGACAGACAAAAAGCAAUCACAAAAGCUCACCAUGAGCACGUUAUGCUCAGGUGAGCUAAAAA